CCUGCGCGGGGGCACGGGUGUGGUGCGCCUGCGCACGCACGCGACCAACGGCAGCAUCCGUUUUUCCGCGCCAGCUGCGGCGGAGGGGCGGUGACCGACGGGCAAGUAGAGACCCAGGGGGUUUGGAGGGGCGAGCGGCCUGGCACAGAGGGGAAGGAAGACAGCAGGAUGCUGAGUGCUGUCUGGGGAGCCGGAGGGCCCGGGGCGGGCGGGGCUGCUCGAGGACAGCCGAGCAGAAAAGAAUUGGUGCUGAGGCACCACCUUUGGAGCCGCCCUCGCUGCCUGCCCUUCCCGCUGGGCUCACUCCCAGCUUCUCUCCUGGGGCUUCCUGGAGUCACUUCCCACGUGAGCUGCUUGUCCCCAAAUCUUGCCUCAGGGCUUGCUCUCAGGGGAACGCAGACUCAGACCGUCCUCCUUGGAGAAGUAAGGCUCCUCUGCUGAGUCUCCUGCCGUGGACGGAGGAGUGAGGGGGGCGAGGAAACGCAGUGAGUGUCCUGAGGAAGGGUUUUGAGAAUUCGUGAGAUGAUGAAAUGACACGGGCGGAAGGGGAGGUGCUUCGUGGUCAUGUGGAACCCUGUAGUCCCGUGCACCUUCAUUCCUGGAUCCAGCUGUUAAUGAAAAGUAGCACCCUCCAUCCCGUCCAGAAACACUCUUGAAACCCGGACAGUUUAGCUAGAGCCAGCCAUAAUUUCUUUUUUUUUUUUUUUUGAGAUGGAGUCUUCCUCUGCCUCCCAGGCUGGAGUGCAGUAGCAUGAUCUCGGCUCACUGCAACCUCCGCCUCCCAGGUUCAAGCAAUUCUCCUGCCUCAGCCUCCCCAGUAGCUGGGACUACAGGUGCCUGCCACCACGCCCAGCUAAUUUUUGUAUUUUUAGUAGAGACGAGGUUUCACCAUGUUGGCGAGGCUGGUCUUGAUCUCCUGACCUCGUGAUCCGCUCGCCUGGGCCUCCCAAAGUGCUGGGAUUACAGGUGUGAACCACUAGGGGCCGGCGUGAUUUCACCUUUUUAAGGAAACAACAUAUAUGGAGAAACGACUACCCACUUAGGGGAGUUACAUUUUAUUUUUGUGAAGAUCACAAUAAGAAAUGUUUUCAGGCCGGACACGAUGGCUCAUGCCUGUAAUCUCAGCACUUUGGGAGGCCACGGUGGGAGGAUCACUUGUGGCCAGGAGUUUGUGACCAGACUGGGCAACCCAGUCUCUACAAAAAAUUAAAAAAAAAAAAAGUGGUGUGGUGGCACACACCUGUAGUUCCAGCUGUGUGGGAGGCUGAGGCAAGAGGAUCGCUUGAACCUAGGAUUUUGAGGCUGCAGUGAGCUAUGAUUGUGCCACUGAAUGUCAACCUGGGUGACAGAGCGAGACCCUGUCUCAAAAAAAACGUUUUCGUACGUACCCAACUAUCGUACCAGUCAGGAAGCUGAAGGCACAACCAGUACCUUCCCAGGAGCGUGGGGAGGCCAACCUCCCGGGCAGAGCAAGGAGAGAAUGGGGAGUGGCGUGGGUGGUGCCGUGGGCAGCAGCGAGAGGGGUGGAAGAUUUCAGCGCAAUGCUGUUUCUAACAAGGUUCAGCAUUCCACUAUCUCUUUUCACAAAUAAAACAUUUACCAACAAUUUGA